AUGGCCGACGACAUUGUCAUUGACAAAGCGCUGUUUCACGAGCGCCUGAACAACCUCGUCACCAAGUGGAAGGCCGACAAGCGCUCGGGUGACCAGGUUUUCCAAGGCGCAAGCUCCAUCGCCACUCUGGUGGGCAAGGCGAGCGAACCCGGCAUUUACCAGAAGCCAGCAGCUUUCCAGCUAUGGCUGCUGGGCUACGAGUUUCCUGCGACGCUGUUCGUCCUGACGCCCGACCUCGUCCAAAUCGUCACCACCAAGAAGAAGGCUGCCUAUUUGGAGCCGCUCAAGGGUGGCAAGGUCCCCGUUGAGAUUCUGGUGCGGGGCAAGGACGCAGACGAGAACAAGAAGCAGUUCCAAACGUGCAUAGACACUAUCAAAAAGGCCGGCAAGAAGGUGGCCAUCUUGAAAAAGGACAACGCAAACAAUGCCUUUGCGAACGAGUGGAAGGCUGCCUUUGACGAGGCUGGCUUCAAGGACGAAGAUCAGAUCGAGUUGGCCCCUAUCCUGUCCAACGCCGCUUUGUCGGUAAAGGACGAGAAAGAGUUGCUAACUCUUCAGCGCACUAUCCGCGACGCCGCCCGUGCUUCCAGCGCCCUCAUGACAAACUACUUUGUCGAAGAAAUGUCCGACAUUCUCGAUACCGAGAAGAAGAUCUCGCACCGCGCACUCGCCGACAAGGUCUCCAACAAAAUUGACGACACAAAGUUUUUCGAAAAGCAAAAAGUCUCCAAGUCGUUCGACGCACUGCAGCUGGAUUGGUGUUUGCAGCCUACCAUUCAGAGUGGUGGCGCAUAUGAUCUCAAAUUUGCUGCUGAACCCGACGAGAACAACCUACAUGCCGGCGUCAUCAUAUCAGUCCUCGGACUGCGCUACCAGACAUACGGUGCCAUGGUCGGUCGCACGUACAUGGUUGGACCGAACAAGGAGCAGGAAACCACCUACAAACUGCUAUUGGCCGUUCACGACCUGGUCAUCAAGACCAUCAAGGACGGUGUAGUUGCCAAGGACGUCUACGGAAAAGCUCUGGCCCUUCUAAAAUCGAAGAAGCCCGAGUUGGAGAAGCAUUUCCCCAAGAACGUCGGUUACGGUAUUGGUGUCGAGAACAAGGACACUUCGCUUCUCCUCAGUGGGAAGAGCACCCGCGUUCUCAAAGACGGCAUGACUUUGGUUGUCCAAACUGGCCUCCAGGACCUCGAGAACAGCAAGCCACAGGACAAGAAGAGCAAAAACUACUCCCUCGUGCUGGUAGAUACCGUGCGCGUGGGUCAAGGCGACUGCGCCGUCUUCACAAAAGACACCACGUCCGACUUGGACGCCGUUUCCUUCUUCUUCGACGAGGAGGAGGAGGAGGCAAAGCCCAAGGUGAAGAAGGAGCGUCCAGCGAUCGCGCAGACCAACAUCACCAAGACGCGUACAAGGCACGAACGUACCACCAACCAGGAUGCCGAAAAGGAGGAGCAGCGACGACAACAUCAAAAGGAGCUGCACAGCAAGAAGCAAGAACAGGGUCUGGAGCAGUACAGCGAAGGAGCCAAGUCACUGAACGGCACCGAAGAGAAGAAGUUCAAAAAGUUUGAGUCUUACAAACGCGACAACCAGUUCCCCAACUCCGUGGCCAAUCUGGAGAUUGUCGUCGACAAGAAGAACCUCACGGUUCUCCUCCCCAUCAUGGGCCGGCCCGUACCCUUCCACAUCCACACCAUCAAGAACGCUUCACAUACCCCCGAAGCCGACUUCACAUCGCUCCGUAUCAACUUCCUGUCCCCCGGUCAGGGUGUCGGACGCAAGGACGAUCAGCCGUUUGAAGACCCCAACGCACACUUUAUCCGCAGUUUGACGUUCAAAUCGCACGAUGUAGACCGCAUUGACCAGAUUACCAAGGACAUUACAGAGCUGAAAAAGGAUGUCGUACGCCGGGAGACUGAGAAGAAGCAAAUGGAGGAUGUUGUUGAGCAGGAUAAACUCAUCCCGCUCAAGACACGCAAACCUCACAUGCUCGACCUCAUCUUCAUCCGUCCGGCCCUGGACGGUAAGCGUAUCCCAGGAAGUGUCGAAAUUCACCAAAACGGUCUACGCUAUGUCCAUGGCAACAACUCGGCCAAGAUCGACGUCCUUUUCAGUAACAUGAAGCACUUGUUCUUCCAGCCCUCCCAACACGAGCUCAUCGUCAUCAUCCACGUACACCUCAAGAACCCCAUCAUGCUUGGCAAGAAGAAGACCAAGGAUGUCCAGUUUGUCCGAGAAGCCACAGAGAUGCAAUUCGACGAGACGGGUAACCGUAAGCGUCGGCACAAGUUUGGUGACGAGGAGGAGUUUGAGCAAGAACAGGAGGAGCGUAGGCGGCGUGCGGCUCUCGACAAGGAGUUCAAGAACUUUGCCGAGAAGAUUGCCGAUGCUGCGCGCAAUGAGAACGUCAGCGUUGAUAUCCCAUACCGAGAGCUCGGCUUCAACGGUGUGCCAUCGCGAUCAUCAGUCCUCGUCCAGCCGACCACCGACUGCUUGGUCCAGCUCACCGAGCCUCCCUUCACCUGUCUCACCCUAUCCGAGAUUGAAAUCGUCCAUCUCGAACGUGUGCAGUUCGGUCUGAGGAACUUCGACAUGGUAGUCGUCUUCAAAGAUUACAACCGCCCUCCCGUACACAUCAACACCAUCCCAGUAGAGUCACUCGACCCCGUCAAGGACUGGCUCGACUCGGUCGACAUACCCUUCAGCGAAGGACCGCUCAACCUAAACUGGGCCACCAUCAUGAAGACGGUAACAUCGGACCCGCACCAAUUCUUCGCCGACGGCGGCUGGUCCUUCCUCUCGACCGAAACCGACGACGAAGGCGAGGGCGAGGAGGAAGAAGAAUCCGCCUUUGAAGUCUCUGAAUCCGAACUCGCCAUCUCAGAUGAGUCGUCUGACGAGAGCGACUUUGACGAGAAUGCGUCCGAGGAGAUGAGCGACGAGGGCUCAGAAGAUGAGUUCUCAGAGGGUGAGAGCUGGGAUGAGUUGGACAAGAAGGCUGCGAAGAAGGAUAAGGAGGCUGCGCAUGAGGAUGAUGAGGAUGAUGGAAAAGCGAAGAAGAGGAAACGUUAGGAGGGUUUCGAUGUCUUUGGUUUUGGUUUUGGAAGUGCGCUUGCUAUGGCGGGGUAUUAGCAGAUGAGAUUUAUUUAUUUUUCGAGUUUAUGGAAAUUGCCGGAUGGGGUUUUCUUCGUGUAUGAAUAUAGCUUUUUUUUGGUCGCCCCGGUUGAUAGGGGUGAUAGGUAUUGCCGUGUAGCAUCGGGCUAGGCAUGGCGUAGGAGCUGCAAAGUAUAGUAAUGAGAUGCGUGGUACCU